AUGGCAGCAGCUGGAGGAGCUAAGCCUUCUUCAUCUAAGAAGUCAAAGAAAGCAGUUUUGAACAAAUCUCGAAAAGGUAACUUGCAUGUCUUUCAAGAUGCACCAAUCUAUGAUUUACUCAAAUACUUUGACAGAGCUCCAGACCAAUGGGCUGCAAGAUAUAUUCUUAUUUUUAGUACAAUAAUAUUGAAAAGUGCUGUUGGGUUAGGCUCGUAUCUGGGAGAAGGUCAACUUCCAAUUCAUGGAGAUUUUGAAGCUCAGCGUCAUUGGAUGGAGAUCACUAAUCAUCUACCUGUUAGUCAAUGGUAUUUUUUUGAUUUAGAGUAUUGGGGACUAGAUUAUCCUCCUUUAACUGCAUACCAUUCGUAUAUCUUUGGUAAGUUGGGAUUGUUUCUUAAUUGGUCUUGGUUUGCUUUAAAUGAUUCAAGAGGUAUUGAAAAUCCAGGAAUUAAAUACUUUAUGAGAUUUCUGGUCAUAAUAAGUGAUUUCAUUGUUUAUGGACCUGCUUUGAUACAUGUUUUAUCUUUGAUAGGAAAGCGUUUUAACAUGAAUAGAAUUGACCAUAUUGUAUUUACUGCUGCUUUUUUAUGUCAACCAGGUUUGAUUCUUAUUGAUAAUGGUCAUUUUCAAUAUAAUUCAGUUAUGCUUGGUUUAUUUCUUUUUGCAGUAGCUGAGUUAAUCAGAGAAAACUAUAUUUUGGCUUCAAUCUGGUUUGUUCUAGCCAUAAACUUUAAACAAAUGGCAUUAUACUAUGCACCAUUCAUUUUUACAUAUAUUUUAGCCAACAUGUUUUACAAUUACUAUGAUGUUUCAAAAUCAUACAGGCAAUUGAUUCGGUCAUUCAACUUUGCAAAAGUCUUUCUGGUGGGAAUAGCUGUCUUACUUACUCAAGUUGUAUUAUUGUUGCCAUUUAUUUGGAUAUCUUUUGAGAAUGGAUUUACCUUUGAUAUAUUACGCCAAAUCGUUAUCAGAGUUUUCCCAUUCCAAAGAGGUUUGUUUGAAGAUAAGGUGGCUAACUUUUGGUGUACUACAAAUCUUGUUAUUAAGUAUCGUGAACUAUUCACAUUACCUCAAUUAACUCGUUUGCUGCUUUUGCUAACUCUUGCUUCCAUUAUUCCACCAAAUUUGUUGAUUGCAUGGAAGUUAUUGAUGAAUAAGAAAUUCACUAAGAACUCCACUCAUAGAAUUGUUAUUCUUCUUUUAGGGUUCGCUAUUACCUCAUGGGGGUUCUUUUUAUUUUCAUUCCAGGUCCAUGAAAAAUCCGUUUUGGUACCCUUAAUGCCAACAUUAUUACUUGCAUUGACAAGAGAUCGUUUUGACUUGGUGCUUAUUCAAUGGAUCAUCAAUGUGACUUCAUUCAGCAUGUACCCACUUUUGAAGAAAGAUAAUCUUGUUUUGCAAUAUUUCACUUGUCUUCUUGUUUCCAAUUGGAUCAUGGGUGCACUCAAUGUUAAAAAGAAUACUUUAAUGAUACCGAAGGAUUCUUUAUUUUGGAAAUUGAUCAUCGUAUCAUCUUAUGUUGCAAUGCUAACAUACCAUAUUAGUGAUCAAUUUUUAGCACCUCCAGCCAGGUAUCCUGAUUUAUGGCUCAUAUUGAACACAACAAUUUCCUUCGCAUACUUUGGAAUUUUCUGGUUAUGGUUGUUGUAUAGAGCUUACGUUUUGAACUGA